AAACACCCCUGCCCUCAAACUUAAAGAUUCUUAAUAAUUUUAAUAUUUGGAAUUACAAGUUUUAACAACAAAGGCAUAAGAUGACUGUUGAGAUUCGUAAAACCUACGGCCCACCAAAAUCGUUUACAAAAUUAUUUACAAGCUUACCAAUUUCAUUGUGAAAUACUGUCAUAACUAAACGAACAGAUAAAUGCUUAGCCUAUUCCAGCGUUCCUAGAUGACCGCAAGUCACGAGAAACGGGUUCCUGGAGUUACGACAACUCUUGUUUGAAAAGAAUUUUGAAGACAGGACAAAAUGGUGUUGUUCAACAAAAACUGCAUAAAGGAGGUACCAUAGCCCUCCCUGUGUUCGAAGAAAAGCUUUAUCCACCCCCUCGAGAGAAAGGGAAAUAUGAGAAGUGUCGAAACCCUUAGCGGUUAAAGAAGGGUUGGUGAUUGGAACGCUACCCACCCGAGAUACGGUUUAGGGUAGAAGUACUUCCCUAGUUUUGUUAGCGUGCGGUGCCGAACGGAGCGGAAACGUUUCCGGCCAGAACCUGUUCAUGUCGUGUUUCCUCUAACUUUCAGCUCAGUCUAUGUGCGGAACUGUUGGACUUAAGAUGGACAUACAACGCUUGAUAAAUGAAGUUAAAGCCAGACCAGCAAUAUGGGACCAGAAGUCCAUAGAGUAUUACAACCGGGAUGUUGUUGCAAGAAUGUGGAACGAAAUAGCUGAUGCUUGUGGAAUGCCCUGUGAAGCUGUCAGAUGUAAAUGGAAACAUUUGAGGGAUAAUUUUAGGAAAGAAUUUAAAAAACGUUUAACAGAGAAUGGAAAUCCAAGUGAUCCAGAAAAACUUGAGCAAGGUUGGGUCUGGUAUAAAAGUCUGUGUUUUCUUGGUGAACAACUGAACACAAAGAAACUAACACCAAGGACUCAUGGUAGCAGCAGAAAUUCAAAGGGUGAUGCAUUUCCUACUACUACUGAUGUGAUAUGUGGUCAAGAUCCAGAAAGUACUUUCUCACCAGAUGAAAAACUGUGGAUUAGAGAUGAUUACUCACCUUUACACAUAAAUACAUCAGUAGAAGAUGACAACAACAGACUUAUACAAACAGUUAGUGCAAGAAUGAAAAAAAGGUUUCCUUGUGAUUCUCCAGAUAGUAAUUCAAAUAGAAAUGUUAAAAGAAAAAUUAUAAAUACUAAUAGUGAAAAAGAUGACACAUAUCAUUUUUUGAUGAGUCUUAUGACUCCCAUAAAAAGCUUACCGUAUGAUCGGCAAAUGUAUAUUAGAUUUAAAAUGCAAGAACUACUUUUUAAGGAAACAGUUCAUAAUCAUAAUAAUCAGCUGCCAUAUCCUGUUGAACUCAAUGUCAGUAGUGAUGCUAAUUUACAAUCUGUAACUCCAUAUAUGAUCACUGAUGGAUCUAAUGACGAAAGCAGCUCAACAUAAUGUAAAACAAACUCAUCAUAUAAAUUGAUAUUUUCAAUACUAACUUGAUCAUGAAAAACUAAAUUUUUGUAACAAUAGAUAAAUUAAAAUAAUCAUCCCAUACA